CCUAAAUGCAGGUAGGUACCUCCUGAGCAGAGAGCAUCUGAUUAAAUAAAGCUUGAUUUGGAGUCAGCUUCGUCUCCUACUAGUAACCUACCUACCCAGAUAUUUUUGCCUAUCCGCCUACGCAAAGUCGAAGCAGUUCAACCACGUUCGACGUUCUGCAUUGCAUACCUAGGUAGGUAAGUAAGCAUCUGGCUUAAGGGGGGUUGCUGGAAGGCCUAUCGUGGCCGCGUACCCAAAGGAAGGCACCGAGCAAUGGCCAAGGACAAGAAAGGGUCCAAGUCCGAAUCCAAGAAGCAGAAGCUCGCCGAGAAGAAGCAGAAGCAGGAGAAGAAGGCCCAAAAGAAAGAAAAAGCUAGAGCCUCCAAACUCGACGGUAGCGACGCCGAGGACGUCGAUCUAGAUGCUGUCCUCGCCGAGUACAAGAAGGCCCAGGAGGAGUUCGUCAAGAUCACCGAGACCGUCUUAGAAGAGCCUCCAAAGCCUCGCUCGUCUUCCGUCUUCCUAGCCUCGCCGUCAAAUAGCAACCAGCUUCUGUUGUUCGGCGGCGAGACUUGGAACGGUGCCCUUGCCAAUUUCUACAAUGAUCUCAAUAUCUACUAUACCGAUAGGGAUGAAUGGCAUUGCGUCACCUCGCCGAAUGCCCCUCUCCCCCGGUCUGGCCACGCCUGGUGUAGAGGGGGAAACCAGAAAGACUCUGUCUUCUUGUUCGGUGGCGAGUUCAGCAGCCCCAAGCAGGGUACUUUCUACCACUAUAAUGACUUCUGGAGGCUCGAGCCUGCUACCAGGGAGUGGACCCGUCUAGAAACUAAGGGGAAAAGCCCUCCAGCCAGGAGCGGUCACCGCAUGACGUACUAUAAGAACUACAUUAUCCUUUUCGGCGGCUUUCAGGAUACUUCCAAUCAGACCAAAUAUCUCAACGAUCUCUGGCUUUACGAUACUCAGAAUUUCUUCUGGCACACUCCGGUGCUUCCUCCAGCACAGUUGAAACCGGACGCCAGGUCAUCCUUUACCCUUCUCCCCCACGAGCAAGGUGCCGUUUUGUUCGGCGGCUAUUCCAAGGUGAAGGCGACCGUUUCCGCAAACAAGUCGGCCAAGGGUGCCUCGCAGGGGCAGAGGAACAUCGUGAAGGCCAUGGUGCACGAAGACUGCUUCUUUCUGCGCAUUACCCAGCCUCCCACUGACUCUCCCCCGAACACACCCCCGAAUGUGAGGUGGGAGAAACGCAAGAAGCCGGCAAACACGCCGCAUCCCUCCCGCGCCGGCGCAACUAUGGCCUAUCACAAAGGCCGCGGUAUUCUCUUUGGCGGCGUCCACGAUGUCGAGCAGACAGAAGAGGGCAUGGAGAGCGAAUUUUUCAACCAGCUCUUUGCAUGGAACAUAGAAAGGAAUAGGUUCUUCCCGUUAGCACUUCGCAAGCCAAGAACCCAGAAGAAACUUCCCCCGGCGGAGCAGAGAGUUGGACGGCGUGGAAGAGCCCAAGCGAACGAGGAGGAGCUGUUAAAACAGCUCGCUGCGCUACAGGCCGGGUCAUCUAUCGAGGAUGCAGAUAGCAUGGAGAUCGAAUUCAAGGCCAAUAAAGAGCCGGAGGAGCCGGAAAGGCCGGUGCGAGAGAUGCCGGUUUCGAUGGAGCUUCCACACCCUCGAUUUAACGCCCAGAUGGCCGUACAGGAUGAUAUCUUGUACAUUUACGGCGGCACCUUCGAGGCGAAAGAUCGCGAAUAUACUUAUGACGAUUUAUACGCUAUCGACCUGGGGAAGAUGGACGGAUGCAAGCAGAUUUUCAGCAGGGAGGACGAUACUUGGGUGGGCUCCGAAGACGACGACGAAGAAGACGAAGAUGACGAGGACGAGGACGAGGAAGAUGAGGAAGGUGAGGAAGACGAUAUUGAAAUGGCGGAUGAGGACCCUGGAGCCCUUCUAUCGCCAAGCAAACGCAGAAAGAAGCAAGCAGACGAGGUUUCAGUGGCCGAUUCUGUGUCCACUAUGGAUUCAGAUCAGUCUGAAGCUGAGACCGCAGCGACAACGGUCGACGAUGGAUUACCGCAUCCUAGGCCCUUUGAAUCCCGACGGGAUUUCUUUGUGAGAACCUCCAACGAGUGGCAAGAAAUCCUCAUGACGAGCCUGCGAUGGAAGGGCAUCCAGCCCGAAAGCUUGACAAUCAAGGAGAUCAAGACGAAGGCAUUCGAUCUUAGCGAAGAGAAGUGGUGGGAUUGUCGCGAAGAGAUCAUGGCGUUGGAGGAUGAGCAGGAGGCUGCCGGCAUUGGUGAGGUUGUCUCGUUGGCAGACAAGGGCGAUUUAGGGGCUGGCGGCACUGGGCGAAGGCGUUGAUAGCAGUGGGCGCUCAGGACAUCGCAUCGUCCCUCGUUACUCGCCUAUCUUGGUCGACAGCUUUGCCAUGCACAGAUGCAGAUUCGCCGUAAGCUCGAGGUCUUGAGCCUGAGAAAACAAGGGGCCAGGUAUGAUGGAGAACUGAACUUGGAUAUCGAGGCUCUAGAAGGAGACAUUGCCUAGCUGUAGGUACCCGGGUACGUUGUCCGACCAUGGGUGAGUGCCUCAGGUGUCAAAAAGAAUACACGUAGGUACCUUAGGUACCUGUGACUUCGCCGUAUAUGCGCCAGCACAAAUGUACUUACCAGGUACCUAGAGCAUAGAGGUAGGUAACUUUCAUACCUACCACCUACCUAGGUACCUAUUUCCCCCCUCCUCUCAUCAGAUUGUUGCCUACC